AUGGUUCAGCUCUCCGAGUGCCAGGAGAAUGAGCAGAACUUGGCUGCAAGUCUUAGGAAGGCUGAGGAGGAUCUGACCGAGAGUCAAAAGGUCGUGCAGGAACUGACCAAGGGACUGGAGGAGGCUAGCCGGGUUAAGGGAGAUCUCGCCCGAAAAUUGGAAGUUGCUGUUAAAGUUAAGUCUAUGUGUGAGGACAAGUUGGCUUCUGCGGAGGCCGAUUUAGCUAGAGCUCAAGAGUUCCUCCUCCAGAGGGACGAUCGGGUGAAGACGCUAGAAGCGGAGCUGAAUGCUUUAAAGGUCGCAGAGGUGAAGAUGGCCGAGAAGAGUGCCUCUUUGAAAAUGGAAAAGACCAACAUGCAAGGGGCGUUGACGGAUCGGGAUGCUAAGAUAGUCGAUUUGGAGGAGGAAGUGAAGCAGCUUAAGGGCAGUCUGGCCAAGAUCAACAAGGCAGCAUUUAAUAAUGCUGUCAGUCAGCUUCAAGUGGUUAAUCCGGGCAUUGACGUGAAACCUGUCCACUACCGAAAGUGUGCUUCCGGUGGCAAGAUCGGUUCCGUCAAAGAUAAUGCCUCCAUUCCUUCUUACCCCCGACAGAGGGUUCUUAAGUCGUUGUUGUCUUUUGUUGUUACUUUCUAUAAGUUUUUUGAACUUUGA